GUCCGACAUUUGGGAAGAGGCUUUCGAUACUCGAAGUCAUCGCGACUUGGAAGUCAUUUAUGGUGAUGAUGUUGAAUUGCAAGUGUCGUGACUUGAUUGUCAAGUUGUUUCAGAAUCUUCUCGGUUCUAUAAGGUAUAUGAUGACAUUGAUCGACGAUCUCUCAGCCGCACUAUGUUACAUAUUGCGCACAAGUCUUUGUACUAUUAUUGCCACAAAAAUAAAAGAGGGUCCUUUGACAUGCCAAAAGAUUAAUUAAUUUGUGAAUAAACGAACGAAAAACCCAUUAUUCCUGCAGGGACAAGUCUUUGUACUAUUAUUGCCACAAAAAUAAAAGAGGGUCCUUUGACAUGCCAAAAGAUUAAUUAAUUUGUGAAUAAACGAACGAAAAAAACCAUUAUUCCUGCAGGGACGACCACCUCGACUUUGUUCUUAAAUACAUGCAAAGCAUUAUGAUGUUCGUCUUAGAAGUGAGUGAAGAUGAUGUGCUCAAGGAGCAGCUUCUGGCAAUUCUAAAAGAAAGAAUAAAUCUACGACGAAGACAUGUUUAGAGGUUUCAUAUACCAUUUUACAAUAAACCCCGUAAUUUAGUGACCAUAUAGACAUUUCACCCACUAAUGUUAUCCAUCUUCGCCGGCUUCCCUCAGGAUAUCAACUUCCAUUCCCAAAGCGCAAAAGACUCCCGGUUUUCUCAAAUCCCAACUGCUUCUUCCUCGACCGCCGGGCGGUGGCGGCUUCGUUCAUCAACUGAAAGGUGGGCGAAACCAGUUUGCUUUUCCGGUUCGAAAAGAGUAUGGUCCUAGUUUAUGGGCUAACGAGAUUACUGAACCAGUAACGAGCUGUUCUCAAACCCCUUUGCUGCUCAGUGAGUAUCACUCCAUCUUGCCAAUACGAUUCUUCUUUCUUCCCAGAAUAAAGUCACCUGCUUUGAGAGUUUGAAUGACCAAUUUGUUUGGCUCCGAUGAUGAAUGCUUUCUUAGGGAUUUAAUUGUUUGAGCUUGGUUGACGUAACAGAAUGUCUGGAGAGACUACUGUUUCACAUUUGGGGUUCUCAGUUUGAUUGUUCAUUGCGGAUUUGCCCCUUUUUGAGUUCCAAGUUUCCUCCUUUUGGGAAUUGCAAGAACUUUGGUUACUGAAAUUUUGCAUUGGGUUUCACCUGAAUUGAUGUUUGUUAGCUCAAUGCUUAUCUUGAAGUGUUGAUUGAAUCUCGCCUUACUGGCUAACAUUUUUGCUGAAUGGUGAUUGGUGAUGAUCAUAUUUGGAAGCGGCUUAGUUACUAUUUGAAAGAUGAAGUUUUUGCAGAUCAAUGAAUAGCUGAUCCCCUAUGGUUUUGGUUCCUGCAGGUUUAUGUAUAAAUAUACUUAGUGCUGCAUAAGUUGAAGGAUAAUGUUGUUCUGCAUCCAAGCAAAUCCAUGCCUACCUAAUAGUACCCAGCUUCAGUUGCUUCGACUGGAAAGUUCAUGGAGCACUCUAACGUCAUUGAAGGUCUUGAGACCUGCUGCUAAAACUUCGACGUACCUUUCUUUUGUACUUGUCCCGAAGCUUAGACAGCACAACCUCACCGCGAAAUACCCACGGAAGUCCCUUGUUUGCUUACUUGGUGGCAAGGACAAGUCCGAAGGAGAAAAUGAGGGAUCUCCUUUGAAGUCUCUUGGAAAUGCUUUCGGAAGUUUCCAGGGGAAAUCAGUAGAAGAUGUGCUGAAGGAACAGAUGCAAAAACAAGAGUUCUACGAUGGAGGCGGCAGUGGUGGUGGCAGUCCACCACGAGGGGGUGGUGGUGGCGGUGGUGCUUCAGGUGGAUCCCAGGAUGAUGACCUUCCUGGAGUCUUGGACGAAACUCUCCAAGUGGUUUUAGCCACUGUGGGGUUCGUACUUCUGUACAUUUAUAUCAUCAAUGGCGAGGACAUGACUCGGAUACUGAAGGACUACCUAAAGUAUGUCUUCACCGGGAACAAAAGUGUUCGUCUGGCAAAAGUGUUGGAGCAGUGGGAAAGUUACCGCCAGAAGCUGGCAGAGAAGAAGCAGGUGGACAAGUUUUGGUUAGAAAGAGAGAUCAUCAACACCACGACUUGGUACGACAACCCAGACAAGUAUCGACGCAUCUAUCGAGCCUACGUUCAGGCUGCAAAUGAUAAUGAUAAUGACAAUGGUGAUAAUGACGAUGAUGAUAUUAUUGAUUACUAGUGUAUUUCUAGGUUUUGGAGACUGCUAGAGGAAAGAUUUAAAGAUCUAAACAUGUUUUUUUAUGCAACAGUUCUUGGUAUAUUUCUGCCAAGGAGUUUAAUUGUGUUCUACUUAUAUUCAAAUGAUAAUUUUGGCUUCAAUAUGGACAUGCCUGGAAUUGCUUGGCUACUGUAUUUAUGAACAGGGAUUAUUUUGUGUCUGGAGGCUGCAACAGCACACGAUCAAUAAUGGCUGUCUGGUACU